ACAUGAUGCUUGAUGGGCUGAAAAUGGAGGAGAAUAUACAAAAUGUAAUUGACAACUCAACCUUAUUUGGGCGAGCUGUGGAGCAGAAGUGGGUGUGUGAGGGUUGUGAGAGGGCAAUCAGUGACCGCUUCCUCCUGCGGAUAAGUGACAGUCUGUGGCAUGAGCAGUGUGCUCAGUGCUGUGCCUGCAGGGAGCCACUGGAGAGCAGCUGCUUCUACCGAAACAAGAAGCUCUAUUGCAGGAACGACUACGAAAAACUGUUUGCAGUGAAAUGUGGAUCUUGCCUAGACACCAUCACACCCAGCGAGUUUGUCAUGCGGGCACAGAAGAGUGUCUAUCAUUUAGGAUGUUUCUGUUGCUGCGUGUGCGAGAGGCAGCUUCAAAAAGGCGACGAGUUUGUUCUCAAGGAUGGACAGCUUCUCUGCAAGGGUGACUAUGAGAAAGAACGGGACCUUCUCAGCCUUGUGAGCCCAGCUGCAUCUGACUCAGGUAAGAGCGAGGAUGAUGAAGAUGGCGGUAAAUUUGAAGACAGUAAAGGAAUUGAGGAUGGCAAAGAUCAGAAGCGGCCUAAGAGACCCAGGACCAUCCUGACAACACAGCAGCGAAGGGCUUUCAAAGCUUCAUUUGAGGUCUCCUCUAAGCCAUGCAGAAAGGUGAGGGAGACUCUUGCUGCAGAAACUGGUCUAAGUGUCCGUGUGGUGCAAGUCUGGUUCCAGAACCAAAGAGCAAAGAUGAAGAAGUUGGCAAGGAGACAGCAACAACAGCAACAGCAGCAAGAUCAGCAAAACCCGUCACGUAUACCAGCAGGUCAGACACACAGCUCGAGUAACUCCAGCAUUGAUGGAAUCAUGAACGUCUUCACAACGCUCCCGCAUCAACAGCUGCUUUCAAUAGAGCAGAACAUAUACAGCUCAGACCCAUUCCAGCAAGGACUCACACCUCCCCAGAUGCCAGGCGAUCACAUGCACCCUUAUGGUGGGGAGACCUUGUUCCACGACAUGGACAGUGAUGAUGCCUCUCUUAACCUGAGUGAGUGUCUUCUAGCAGCACCUGAAGUUGGGCCACUGCAGACUCGAGUGGGAAAUCCCAUUGAUCGUCUGUACUCCAUGCAAAACUCCUAUUUUACCUCCUGAAAGCAAUGAAGAAAGCUACAAGCCUCAUGUCAGGAAACAGAAUUUCUGCUGGUCGUCUACAUUUCCUACUGAUUCCAUUUCAUUUAUUGGUUAAGAUGAUGACCAUUAUGCUACUGAAUUUUGACCGAUUUUUGUCUCGUACUCUCUGCUUUCAGUUAAGAUAAUUUACCCAGGAUCAUCAUGCAUAAGUACUGUAACAUAUGAAGUAAUAAUGUUCACUGAAGAAUAAAAUAUCUUGACCAUUACGUCAUAUUGGACAACCAAAUUCACUGGAGAUAUUGAGGAAAUUCUACAUAGCUGCUGCUUAACUGGAACUGAUCUGUGUAACCUGAGCCCUAAUUUUUGAGCGUUGAUAUCUAGGAAUUAUCCAUAAAUAAUGACUAUGCCACCUGGAACUAUGAAAGACACUUGUAUCCAUUCUAUAAAGACAUUGUGUAUUGACGUUGCUUUCCUGGAUUUUAUCACUCAUGGAGAUGUACUGAAGACAUGGACUUAUUGGUAUUUGACCUUCAGAUUGAGCUGAGGGCACACUGAGAUGACACACUUUACUAGCACUCUACUGGCUACAGGAGCAUAUAUUGUUGGGAGUUCUUGCAGCGUCAGUCAUGCACUAGAAGGAUAUAACUGACAAGUCCAGUGUAUUAGCUGCAUUAAUCAGGAUACUGAUUGUACAGCCCAUAAGUAUUGUCAUUGGGAGGUAUUUAAUGUUGCACAUCCGUGCUUUAACUUAUAUAAAACAUAGCUUAUUUCUUUUUAUUCUUGUGUUAGGUUGGAAAAUGCAUUUGUGACAUUAUUUUAUGUCUAUUAAUGACAUUCUGUUUUGAUGUGAUUAUUGAAAUAGAUUAAUAAUACGUA